UUGAGGAGCACACAGAAGCAGAAGCUUAAACUUCUUUUCUUUUUUGUUUCUUGGUAAUCAUAUGAUUAGUUAAUUAUCCUAGCGAGCUGGAUACUGCUGUAACAUGUAAGUUAAGAGUGAGCAGAUUGGGAGGGUUCGUGAGGUUAACAAGUUCCGAAAUGGAUGCUGGCCACAGUCGAGGGCUUGAGGCUCACCUGGCUUCCUGUCGCUGUGCAGUUUCUCACUUUCACACGCUGCUGGAGUCACCGUCGUCGUCGAAGAGCUGCAGGAAGACUGAAGAGAGCGAGAGAGCGACAGGAAUGACCGCUCUGCCCCUGUGAAUCGUACUGCUCCCGAAGGUGGCAGAGGCCUCCAUGAUUGCUGUUGGACGACGCAACCACGGAAAGGUUGAUCCGCUGCAGUUCCAGAUAAGUGGAGGUGACAUCACACCCCAGCCGUUGAUUCUCCGACACGACGGUCGCCGGCGUCGUCAUCACCGCUCCGGCGACGAUAUUUCUCGGCCGGCCGAACUGACGCGAAGGUCGGACGCGUGGCUCGGCCAGCUUUGACGCGGCGGCCUUCUUGGGCCUCGGUGUUUUCGGUGGGCCCAUUUCAGUGGCCACAGCCCAAAACUCACUCUGUGGGCGACUCCUAGGCCCAAACACGUUUCUCCCUUCCAGGAAGGCACUGCAAUCUCCAACGAACACCGCAACAGAUUAUGGAGGAUUAGCCUAAAUCCCGCUGGAAUAUUCCUCGCGCCGCAACGCCUCUGCGUAUAUAGCGCUCGCCGUCGCGGCAGUCCACUCCACCACCUCCAUUCCUCACCCAAGCCGGCGGCCGCAGCAGCCAUCGCGCCGGCGGAAAUGGCGUCCCUCCGAAUGGUCGCGGCCGUGCUGGCGGCCGUGGCCGUCGCGUCUGGUAGCGCGCGCGGCGUCGCGGCGCGGCCGCUGGUCGGGGAAGGCGGAGGCGGGGCGUGGAGGGACGACAGGGCGCCGCUGCAGGCGUCGCGCGCCUUCAACAUCGCGCACCGGGGCUCCAACGGCGAGCUCCCGGAGGAGACGGCGGCGGCAUACGCCCGCGCCAUCGACGAGGGCGCCGACUUCAUCGAGGCGGACAUCGAGGCCACCAAGGACGGCCACCUCGUCUGCUUCCACGACACCACGCUCGACGCCACCACCGAUGUCGCCAACCGCCCGGAGUUCGCCGGCCGCCGCCGCACGCUCGAGGUGCAGUGGGCCAACGUCACGGGAUACUUCGUCACUGAUUUCACGCUGGCGGAGCUGAAGACGCUGAGGGCGAAGCAGCGAUGGAACUUCCGUGACAAGUCCCACGACGGCAUUUCGCCGAUUAUCACGUUCGAGGAGUUCAUCAACAUCGCGCUGAACGCCAAGAGGGUGGUCGGGAUCUACCCGGAGAUGAAGAACCCGGCGUUCAUGAACAAGCACGUGCAGUGGGCGGACGGGAAGAAGUACGAGGACAAGUUCAUCGCGACGCUCAAGAAGUACGGGUACGGCGGGAGGUACAUGUCGCCGGAGUGGCGCGCCAAGCCGGUCUUCGUCCAGUCCUUCGCGCCGACGGCGCUGGUCCGCGCCGCCGGCCUCACCGACUCGCCGCUCGUCUUCCUGAUCGACGACGUGACCGUCCGGACCGAGGACACCAACCAGUCCUACGACGAGAUCACCUCCGGCGAGUACCUCGACUACAUGAAGAAGUACGUGGUGGGCAUCGGGCCGUGGAAGGACACGGUGGUGCCGCCGACCAAGGACAACCGGCUGGCCACGCCGACGGACCUCGUCGCCAUGGCGCACGCGCGCGGGCUGCAGGUGCACCCCUACACGUACCGCAACGAGAACAAGUUCCUGCACUUCAACUUCCGGCAGGACCCAUACGCCGAGUACGACUACUGGAUCAACGACGUCGGCGUCGACGGGCUCUUCACCGACUUCCCGGCGAGCCUCCGCCGGUUCCAGGAGUGGACCGCCAAGAAGAAAGACUGAUCACGAUUUGUAAGGUUGGGGAUAGGAUAUAUAGGUUAGUUGAGUUUCUGUCUGGUAGCUGAGUUCUUUGAUUCAGAUUGUGGUGGAGUUGUUUUCAUCUUGGAGAUAAUUCCUUGGAUUUUGCAAUGGCCAUACAUUGUUUUUGGAA